GUCCAUGUAGAAGGUGUAACAACUCAAUGUGGGAGACAUUCGAAAAUGUUCGAUUUCAUUUAGUAAGAAAUGGGAUGAUGGAGACCUAUACUACUUGGUAUCAUCAUGGAGAACGAUUAGACCAAGCUUCGUCUUCAUACGUGACACAAGUGGAGACUGUUGAAUCUAAUGUGGAUCCUAGUGAACAAGUUAUGAAUAUUGUAAAUGACGUUUAUCCAUACACCUCAAGCAACACCAAUGAGGAAGGGGGAGAUGACGGUCGUCCAACCAUGGACAGUGAGGAAUUUAAAAACUAUGAAAAACUAUUGAAAAAUGCCAAGCAAGAAUUAUAUCCGGGUUGCGAGAACUUUUCGGUGCUCUCAGCAAUUGUGGAGUUGAUGCAUGGCAAGAUCAAGUUUCGUUUGUCAAACAAGUGUUUUGAUUACUUUUUGGGAGUUAUCAAGAGGAUGCUUCCAAAGGAUAAUUGUUUACCUGAAGAUCAAAAAGUGCCCAAAAAGUGUUGAAGGGUCUCGGAAUGGGGUAUGAAAAAAUUCACGCAUGUGUAAAUAAUUGUAUAUUGUUUUAUAAGGAGAACAAACAGUUGGAUAAAUGCCCUAUCUGCAAUGAGCCGAGGUUUAAAUGACAUCACAGAAUAGAAAGACCAAGAUUCCACAAAAAGUAAUGCGUUAUCUUCCAUUGAAGCCUAGAUUGCAACGAUUGUACAUGUCGAUGCAUACGGCAACCAACAUGAGAUGGCAUAAAGAAGGACUGGUAAAUGACGAUGUUAUGAGGCAUCCUGCAGAUGGAGAGGCAUGGAAAGAAUUCGAUCGGAUGUACCCUGAUUUUGCAGCUGAUCCGCGCAACGUCAGAUUGGGACUUGCCACUGACGGAUUUAAUCCAUUUGGGGUUUUAAACCAAAACCACAGCACAUGGCCUGUCGUCCUGUUUCCUUAUAAUCUGCUGCCUUGGAAGUGCAUGAAAAAAGAAUACAUGAUGUUGACUCUAUUAAUGAGCGAAGAUCUAGGAAAGUUAAUUGAUGUUUAUUUGCGGCCGUUGGUUGAUGAGCUAAAAGAUUUAUGGGAAAACGGUGUUCGUACAUACGAUAAGUAUACUGGGCAGAUGUUCACCAUGCGAGCGGCAGUGAUGUGGACAGUAAACGAUUUUCCCGCGUAUGCAAUGGUUUCUGGGUGGAUGACUAAGGGUUAUUUGGCAUGUCCAAUAUGUAAGGAGAACGUAACAUCGUCUUGGCAUGCAAGAAAAGUUUGUUAUCUUGGUCAUCGUAGAUGGCUCCCUUGGGACAACGAGUGGCGUCAGAAUGAUAAAGCCUUCCACGGCACAAAAGAGACUCGGCUAAGACCAAGAGAAUGGUCUGGAGAUGAGAUUUUGGAUCAGUUAAAUCGUUUGGAAUUUGGUCAUUUCAGCAAAGGGGUCAGUAAGCCUAGACCAACUACACAUCUGAACUGGACGCACAAGAGUAUGUUAUUUGAGCUCCCGUAUUGGUCAAAGUUAAAAGUGAGACACAACUUAGAUGUUAUGCAUAUUGAGAAAAAUGUGUUUGAUACUUUGGUCGGGACAAUUCUAGACAUUGAAAGAAAAACGAAGGACACGAUCGAAACUCGCCUCGAUUUGGAACGAAUGGGCAUUAGGUCAUCCUUGUGGAUGCAGAAUGUCGGUGGUACAUUGAAGAAAGGCCAUCCUUUUUUUACAGUUAAGCCGAAUGGGAAGAAAGAGUUUUUCAACUUUAUUUCUUCUGUAAAGUUUCCAGAUGGGUACGCUUCCAAUAUCUCGCGUUGCGUGAACGUGAAGGGGUGUAAAUUUUCAAACAUCAAGAGUCAUGAUUGUCAUGUGAUACUCCAACGCCUUCUUCCGGUUGGUAUUCGACACUUAUUGCCUCUUGAUGUGGUGAAACCAAUCGUGUUGUUGUCGAGAUUUUUUUCACAGUUGACUGCAAGGUGUUUGCGAAAGUCGGAUGUUAAACAAUUGCAAGACGACAUUGUGAACGUCUUAUGCAAAUUCGAACAGAUAUUUCCCCCAACUUUCUUUACAAGUAUGAUUCACGUGAUGAUUCACUUGCCAGAUGAGGCAUUGCUUGCCGGACCAGUGAACUGUCGAUGGAUGUAUCCAAUAGAAAAGUACUUAAUUAAGCGUGUAUAUAUAUAUAUAAAAUAGAUUCAUGAUCAACGAACACUUUGAAUAAUUUGUAGCAUACCUUUUAUUUGUGCAGAUAUAUUGGUGAGUUGAAAAAAUGUGUUCGAAACAGGGCAAAGCCCGAAGGAUCACUGGUGGAGGCAUGGGUCACAUAUGAGUCACUAACUUUUUGUGCAAUGUAUCUUGAAGAUGUUGAGACAGCUUUCAAUCGUCCUCAACGCAAUAAUGACGGUGGUGUCAGAAAAGAGAAACUGUCUGUUUUUGCCCAAAUUGCGCGACCAUUUGGCGAUCCUGUAAAAGGCGAAUCGUUUACCAAAAAUGACAUGGAGGUAGCACAUUGGUUCAUACUCAACAAUUGUGAGGAGGCUUUGCCAUACCUUGAAGAGCAUGAACAGUUGAUGAAGCGGGAACAUCAUUCAUAUUUAUAUGCCAAGAAGCACCGUGACUUGUUUCCUUCGUGGUUUCACGCACAUAUGAACAAAUUGAAGGAAUUGAAUUCACCCUCUUACGAUGAAGAAUUAUAUAACUUGGCGAGAGGACCGCUUCACAUUGAAUUGUUCUCGGGUUGUCAUGUAAACGGGAUCAAGUUCUUGGGGGCAACACGUGAUGACAAGUUGACUACUCAAAAUAGUGGUGUUCAUGUCCCGGGUGCAAGCGACAGUGAAAACAUUAAUUUUUAUGGCAAACUAACCAGUGUAGUACAAUUGCUUUACAAAGACAGGUGUCAAGUGAUACUGUUUAAGUGCCUUUGGUUUGAUACAAACCCACAUAACCGAACAAGUGUUAAGCGAGAUCAUGGUUUACUAUCAGUAAACAGUACAAGACAUUGGUACGAUGAAGACCCAUACAUUUUGGCAACUAUGGCGAAACAAAUAUUCUAUCUAGACGACCCUAAAGCCGGCAAUGGUUGGAAAGUUGUUUAGAAGAUUGAGCGAAGAGGGCUAUAUGAUAUUCCAGAACUAGAUCAUGAUGACAACGAUGACGUCGCUGACCAACAGUUAUCAUCUUCGAUAGAAAUUGGUGAAGAAACACUCCGAGAUACUAAUAUUGUCCAAGAACCGUUUGACAUACCUGGAGUACCCGAAUUCGAAAUAUCAAUUGACCUUGGUGAUUUGCCCCAAUACAAUGCACCAAAAGAGGCAAACGAAGAUGAGGACGAAUGGGAAUCUGGAAAUGAUAGUAGUGAGGAUAGCGAGAGUUAUUAUUGUAGUUCGGAGGAGGAUUAAUAUAAACUUGUAAAGGCAAAAGCAGGAGGCUGAGGGUUUAACACCGCUUCUCAUCUACCCACACUAAUAUUCCCAACAAAUCGUCUGAUCGUCUCCAUUCUAUAAAGAUAAAGAUAUCAUGUUAUGGCCCAAACCAUCCGAUCAUGCUUUGAAGCCUCAAAUGAUGGUGGUCUCAGAUCUGGAUGAUGUAUUUGUUCCAUUGCCAGAUGAUCUUCUUGUUAAUCUAUCUGAAUCAAGAAGCGUAGUGGAGUCUAUGUUUCAAGACAACGUGAAUGUGGAGUCUGCUUUUGGUCGAGCUCUUAAAGCCUUGCUUAUGCUUAUGGAGUACCAACCUUGGGGGAAAAUUGUUAACAUUUCCGGAACCCGCAGAGGUGUGAGACGCUGUCUUCUGUCGGAUAAUCAGUUGCUGAGAGAAGCCAUGACCGGAGGUUGCAGCAUCAGAGCCAUCUGGAUCCUCAACAGUCUCGACGCCGUCGUUUUCUCCAGGGAGUGCAACCGUGUACAUUCUACCUGCAAAAUGGUCAGUGCAAGUUUGGAUUUUCAUGCAAAUUUGACCAUCGAGUGCAGACCAUGAGGUACAACCUCUCAGCUUCAUCUCUCGUUGAUAUGCCUGUUGUUCAAUAUCCGGUUGGGUUUCUGCUGGCCAUCGUGGCUCCAUCAUCCUCAUCAUUGGAUCUCCGGCCUCGAAGUUUGCGGGGGAAUUGUAGAGCAAAUGUGGCAAUUGGGGUUGACGAGCAGCGAAUCGUACUCGGAGAGACCCGGCGUGCCCAACUGUGUCUACUACAUGCGAACCGGGUUAUGUGGAUACGGUGGUCGGUGCCAGUACAACCAACCUCGUGAUCGUAGUGCGGUCGUGGCAGCUGUAAGAGCUACAGGGGAUUACCCAAGGAGAGUGGGGGGAACCUGUAUGUCAGGUUGACAUUAAAGUAUCUCCAGGAUCUCAUGCAGAUGAAGAAUCAGUUACGAAUUGCUUUUCUAUCCAAGAUAUCAUCUUGAUCAGAGCUCGCUACUUUGUCAAAAACCAUUGCUGGCUAAACCAAUGGUGAUGGAUGUCUAUCAAGAAUAUAUACUUGUCACAUAUCGCCCAUUUGAUGUACACAUAUUCCAUGUCAAGUUAUUUGGUGAAUUCACUACUCCAAAUUUACAGUACGAGAACUCUCAAUUGUGACUGCAAAGAGCCAUGUUGCAGCAAUGCGUUUUGUACCUGAUCAGCUUCCAAGAGAGGGCAUUUCAAACAAUCACAUUUCUUAUUUAUCAGGGUGUAAUGAAUUUACAUAUAUUUGAAUUGCUUUUUAAUUAUGAGUCGAGCUUGAGUGAGCUUAAAAUGUACAAGCUUGGUAGAUAACUUGAGUCGUUUUGAGUAUACAAUAAAUAGCUUAAGUUAACUUGAGCUAUUUUGCGUGACGCACGUGUACCUACGUCGCGCAAGUAUUUUUUCUUUUCUUUCAUUACCUUUUUCUUUUUUAAGUAAGAUGUGUUAAGCUCGACUCUUGUAGAUGACUAAUUGGAACUUUUUCACGUCAUUGAAAUGUUACUCUUUCAAGUAGCGUCAUCUCAAAUCUUAGCCUCUCCUCUAUUUCCUCCCUGAAGAGGUUCUUAUUCCAUACCUUUGUUUGAUCGGCCUUCACAAACCUCCUGACAUUCCACUCCAAUCACCAAACAGUAUUACUGUAAUAACGAAAACUUGAAUCGGAUACACUACUAAUUAAGGCAAUCUCCAACUAUGGAGGGCUACAUA